GGUCACUUUGUUUUUUUGCCGCAUCAUUGUAAACAAGGCAAAACACUUCGUAAAUUUAAAAAAUCUUUUAAAAUGAGUGAAAUUGGUUUCAAGAAGCAAUUUGCCAUCGACAUAAAUGGCAUAAACACAGAGUUUGUGUUUCACGUCUUCGAUAACAAGUGGAUGCUGCUCAUCACACAGCUGGGCAAACUUCCGGCGCUCUACAAUGUACAAUUCGAUGUGGGACGCGACGAGCGUGUUAUUCCCAUGCUCCAUGGACCAAUUCACAGCCCCGAGAUGCACGUUUCCGUGCCUGUGACCAUGAACUGUUGCAUGGGUGCGGACUCGGAUGAGAUACGCGGUGGCAUACAGUUUUUGGUCAAUGAAACGACACUCAACAAGUGCCCCACAGAACUACUAAUAGGACUAGGGCUUAAGCAGCUGGACUCGCCAGGGCUGCGAGAAAUUGCCAAGGUGCUGGAUCAAGGCGUAUUUUAAGCUCACACAUAUUAGUCACAAAUGUUCUAAACUGCCAAUAGGACAAGGCUUGCAGCAGUCGGACUCGCCAGGGCUGGAUCAUUACGUAUUUUAAGCUCACACACACAUGCUCUAAGCAUAACCCACAAUAGUAUCGCUGCCCAUUAGACCAGGGCUGAUGCAAAUGAACCACUCAUAAAGCGCGCAAAAUCGAUUGGCUUAGUUUAAGUAAACACAGAACCCACAAUAAAUACAAAUUGAAAUUGAGUCACUUUUUAGUAAACAAUUAUAUUUCCACGCCGCAUUCUUAGUACAUUAAAACGUGUACGAAAAAGUUGAGGAAAGAUAAAACUUCACUUUACAUACGCAGGGGAUGUUGAUGUUGCUUAGGUAUGUUACAAGUGCUUGCUUCUUAAUCGAAGAGACCGAAGCCCAUGUCAUCGUCAGACACAUCAGACUCCUCCUCCUUCUUCUUCUCUUCCUUCUUGGCCUCAGCGGCAGGAGCGUCAGAGGCAGCAGGAGCAGCAGCACCGCCAGCUGGGGCAGCACCAACGCCGGAGCCAAUGUUGCUGAUCAGGUCCUUGACGUUGAUACCCUCCAAGGCCUUGGCGAAGAGACCGGGCCAGUAGGGCUCAACAUCAACAUUGGCGGCCUUCAAGAUGGUCGAGAUUUUCUCACCCUGCAAGCAACGAUAACAAUUAAAUACGUUUCGAGUGUAGUUCAUUAGUCGUUAAAUCAAGUCUGCAAGCAACAACCAAUAACAAUAUGUUGUUGAUUGCGUUUAUUUUUUACAGAUUUGUUUUUGACAUGGCAGAACACAAACUUACAGUGACGGCGACAUCAUCAUCAACCAAGAUGAGGGAGGCGUAGACGCAUGCGAGCUCAGCUUUAGUGGUCAUUGUUGUACUGUAAGCUUAAUUAAUAUUUGGUGCAAGUUGCCAAAAAUUAAUAUUUUCAAUAAUCGGCCUUAGCUCGAAGGAGAACAAG